ACGACUUCCAACAAUCAACAUCAACAUGGCCGACAAGAGCGUGGUCACACCGGACAGCGUCGUGCUGGAAGAAGCAUCAGCACACGAGGACGCUUCCUUCGAACCCACCAAUUACGAAGACGAAGACGAUGAAGAUCUCGAGCUUGAGGGUGGAGACAUGGAGGUCGAGUUGGGUUUCCUUGGGGAGAAGGAAGCACAUCUGUACGGCCCGUUUGGCGAGUGGGAUGGCGGCAAGGUCGGUGGCAGUCCUGUGUGGCUUCAUCCCAACACCCAUGUGGACAUCAAGUGCAGCGGAUGCGACAAGAACAUGAGUUUCUUGCUGCAAAUUUACUGUCCGCUGGACCACCCAGAGCAAGCGUUCCAUCGGUCUCUGUAUUUGUUUUGCUGUCGCACCACCGACUGUCCUCGUCUCGGCCACGCCCGUACGUUUCGGAGCCAGUUGCCACAGGACAACCUGUACUACGCCAACCACGAAGACAUCAACUACAGACCGCUCGAUCACGUGAACAAGUCUCUCCAUCGAUGUGCGCUGUGCGGACUCAAGGCCACGUUUUCGUGCAGCGCAUGCCACGUCGCGCACUAUUGCUCCAAGGAACAUCAAAAGGACCACUGGAAGCACGGCCAUAAGCAGGACUGUCCUCAGUGUUUGGCGACACACGAGCUGUUCGAAGACGUCGCCCAUGCCACUGCCCUAGAAGACAACGGGUCCAAGUUCCUCUUUCCCGAAUAUGCAAUCCACAUCGAUCCUGAACCCGCCACGUCGGUGGCUCAUACGGCCACCGAGGCCAAGAUGAUGCACGACUUUGAACAAGCCCAAACCUCCCGGCGUGUCGCCACCAACGACGACGUGUUCACGGAUGACUCUGCCAUUGACAUUUCCCAAAAAGAUCUGUCUUCGUUGCUGGGGUCGUCGCCGGCAGUGGACAAAACGUACCUGGCAUUCUUGACGCGGGUAGCGAUGGCCAAGGACCAAGUGCUGCGGUAUUGCCGGUGGAACAUUGAACAAGACGCGGUGCUGUGGGUGCAUUCGACCGACCGGCCGACGGACGUGCCGGUGUGUGCUGGCUGCGGCGAGCCCCGACUGUUUGAGUUCCAGGUGAUGCCGCAACUGUUGUAUCACUUGAAACUGUCUGGAGAGGACUCGAUCGAGUCGCUGGCCGCCACCAAUGCCGGCAAGCAUGAACUGGACUGGGGCACCCUUGUCGUGUACACGUGCCCCAACAGCUGCAGCCAAGGGCGCCACGACAGCGCAGAACUCAUCGAAGAGUUCGUGUGGCGCCAGACCCCGUUGGAGCAACGGGAAGAAGAGCAACGACUUGAAUGACAAUCACUGUUAGUUGAAUAAAUCAAAACGAAUUUCCUUCCAAGA